GACUCGGAAAUAAUCAUGUCUCAGAGGGCUCUUUUACUCCAGGAAGUGGGCAAGCCAUUGGUUGUGGGGGGGCGUCCAAUCCCGCAGCCUGGUGAGAACCAGUUACUAGUCAAGGUUCUUGUUUCUGGUUUAAAUCCUCACGACCAAAGAACCCGUGAUGUUGGCCUUUUUGUCACGAGCAUGCCUUACGUUCUUGCCAGUGAUCUGGUCGGAGAAGUCGUGGCCGUGGGAACUGGAGAGCAUUCUGCCAAGUUCAUCGUUGGUGAGCAUGUUUUUGGUCACACCUUUGCCGAAGGGGGCUUCGACAAUGACUUCAACGGAGCGCAACAAUAUGCUCUUGUCGAUGCGAGGUUUGUAGGAAGGGUAGCCGGUAGUGGCCUGAGUAGCGAUGAGGCAUCUACAAUCCCCGUCAUUGUGUUGGCUGGGUUCAUUGCUCUCUUCGCGAGCUCGGGUCAUGGCUUCCCCCCUCCAUUUUCACCGGAAGCAAAGUCUUUCGAAUAUGGCAACGUCACACUUCUUGUGAUUGGAGGCGGCUCCAACACCGGACGAGCCACAAUUGAACUCGCGAAGUUGGCAGGAAUAGGCCGAAUCAUCGCAGUCGCCGGGCAUCAUAAUGAAGCAAAGCUCAAGUCUGUCGGGGCGACCCACGUGGUCGACCGACUGGCCUCUGAUGCGGUGGGCCAGAUUCGUGCCAUCACGGGGGACGAGUUAGUAUAUGCGGUUGACACGGUCAAUGCUGGCGUGGAACAAGAGCUCGGUGUCGCGGCGCUAUCAAACACGAAGAAGGGCACGUUGAUUACUCUUCGUCGACCCGAGGGAGACUUCGACGCUGCUCGAAUAGGUUCUAAGUCUGCGGGGUAUGAACGCCGCCUUGUGUUUGGCGUUUCUCCAAUGCACCCAGAAGUGACAGUGGGAUUCUGGGAAGAGGUUCCUCGGUGGCUCAAGGAGGGGAAAAUUCGGCCAAGCCGUUUUGAGGUUAUCAAGGGUUUAGAUGCGGUGGCGGUCAACAAGGCGUUGGACCAAUAUCGUGAUGGGAAAGGGGUGAAGACCAAUAUCCACCCUUGGGAAUGA